CUGUGCGUGUGCGCGCGCGUCACACUUCCCUAGGAAUUUAAUCUCAGUUGUCCACGUCGCCCUCUGUACAUUCUUUGCGUAGUGCGCAUCUGACGGCACCGCCGAAUGGGAUGUUCCGCGCUCUUUCUCUGAAGCCCUUUGCGCCCAGUUCCGCUCCCCGUUAACUUUGUCGUUUCUCGGUGUUUUCAACUAUUGUGCAAUGCAGACUGUUAUCUCAAUUUUGUGAUGUCAAAUUUCCUGUCACAAGUAGGCGUCGUGAAAAGCUCAACUAGAAGUUGAACUAGAAGUCAGCCGUGAGCAGGUGCUUUCAGCCACGACUGAACGGGAUUGGUUUCGCUUUUUGUUAGGCCAUGUGCACUUUCUCAUGUGAUGGCAUUGAACAGCAGUUUCGUUGACAGCAUGUGCUCCGUGUGUGAUGUUUCCUUGAACAGCUGGUACUUUGAGAAGGAUGGGAUGCUGUUCUGCAAGAGUGACUACCUGUCUAACUACGGCGAGGUGUGCCAAAAUUGCUCAGAGAUUAUUACUGGCCCAGUCAUGGUUGCAGGAGACCACAAAUUUCAUCCCGAGUGCUUCUGCUGUGCAAGCUGUAAUGCAUUUAUUGGGGAUGGAGAUGCAUAUGCUUUAGUAGAGCGUUCCAAGCUUUAUUGUGGGCCUUGCUACCGGCAUCACAUGCAGCCACUGAGUCAACGCAGUGUUCUGAGUGGGCCGCAGCCCCACAGCAUCCAGUUGCUUGAGAUUCCAGCCAGCGGAGGGGCACGCAGCAUCAAACUGGGCUCGCCUUGCCUUGGCCGUCACGGAGUCCACAUCACUGACUUGGAUGUUAGCCCAGACCUCAUGGCGUUGCACAUUGGCGACAAGAUCCUUGAAGUCAACGGCACACCUCUCAGCAGCCAAUCACUGGAAGAGGUCGAAGAACUCAUCAAGUCAACAAACAAGGUGCUGCAGCUGACCAUUGAGCACGAUCCUAGCAAUGUCUCAAGGUGUCCUCUGCUCUGUCCUCCCAGAAGAAAAGCUUUGAGCGACAAGGAAAGGCGGUACAAAAGAAAGGAUGAAGGUACCGUUGGCACAAGUGGCAUGCGGUCACGCCAGCUCAAGAGGUCCAGUGGUGGCAGGGAGCGCUCGUCUUCUCUUCCACGUCUGCUAGUCAGUGAUUCAACGGCAUGUGGCAGCCAGCCAUCUUAUGACCUCAGUCGAACCAAGUCAUUCCGCAUUGAGCCAAAGAACCAGAGGAUUUUUCGGGCAUCUGACCUGGUCCAAGGAAAGCUCUUGGGAAAAGGCUUCUUUGGCCAAGUGUACCUGGUGACCCAUCGUGAAACUGGGGAGGUGAUGGUGGUCAAAGAGCUCCAUCGGCUAGAUGAGGAGGCCCAGCGCAACUUCCUCAAGGAGGUGGCCGUGUUGCGUUCUCUGCACCAUGAAAAUGUGCUGCGCUUCAUUGGGGUGCUGUACCGGGACAAGCGUCUGCAUCUGGUCACUGAGUAUGUGAGUGGAGGAUCCCUGCGCAGCCUGCUUCACGACUCGAGCGAGCCUCUGCCUUGGUUGCAGAGGUUGCGCCUGGCCAGAGACAUCGCUGCAGGAAUGUGCUAUCUUCACUCUAUGAACAUCAUUCACAGAGAUCUGAACUCGCACAACUGCCUUGUCAAGGAGGAUCAUACGGUUGUAGUGGCUGACUUUGGGCUGGCUCGUGUCAUGAGCGACCCCAGUGUGGCGGGGAUCGGCCGCAGGAGCAGCACUGGUGCCAAGCGUACCUCAGGCGGUGGUGUUGGAGCAGGCAGCAAGCGGCUCGAGCGCAAGAAACGCUACACUGUAGUGGGUAACCCAUAUUGGAUGGCGCCCGAGAUGAUGACCGGGAAACUGUACGACGAGAAGGUGGACCUUUUCUCCUUUGGUAUCGUCCUCUGUGAGAUCAUUGGCAGGGUGCAGGCUGACCCUGACUACUUGCCCCGAAGCAAUGACUUUGGCCUUAACACUGUUGUGUUCAAAGAGAAGUUUUGUGCAAGCUGUCCGGAGCCUUUCUACCGCAUUGCCUUCUUGUGCUGCGACGUUGAUCCAGAAAAAAGGCCACCAUUUGAGCUGCUUCAGAAAUGGCUGGAAGGAAUAUCUCUGCACCUUAUAGUGGACAGCCCCCUUCCCAAAGAACUAAUGAGGGACAUAAUUAACUACCAGGGUGCAGUUGUGACCAGCACAGACUCGACACCCGAGUCCAUGACACCGCCUGAGUGCCGACGGUCUCCCCUGAGAACCAUCAGUGAGCAGGCAUUGGAUUCGCCACGGUCAUCACUGGAGCUGGACUAAAUUGCUGCACUCUGGUACUUCACCCCAGUGUUUCAUCAUAGUGCUCACUUUAGCUCUGUACAUCAUAAGUGUUUGUGGAACUGAACUAUAGAUAUGUUGUGUGCUUUGCCCGUGCAAAAAUGUCUGUUUUCUGAGAUAGUGGAAGGCUGACCAUGGGCGUCAGUUAAUUGAAUGAUGUGCCCUUCUAUGUUUCUUUUUUUUAACUGUUGCCUCAUGUUUUUGAUGAGUUUGUGCAGGAUGCGUAUAUUCAGUUAGGAUGUAUUUGUUGUCUUCAUUCUUAGCUUGGUUAUCCUUUGCAUCACAGUGAUGCAUGGCAAUUAAGCAAGAAUGUAUGAGGCAAGUGUUGUCCAUGCAUGUUUCAAAUGACAACCAAACAUAAAACUAGACUUAUUCAGUUUGACAAAUGGACACCUUCUUAAACACAGCUGUCAUAGAUUUACCAAUGUUAUGACUUCCCGCUGCCCAACCAGUGCUGCAGUGCCAUUUUUAACUGGAUGAGUUGGUACAAGUUCACAGAAACGGGAAAACACAAAACCACAACGGACAGAGAGAGAAGUUACAAGUUCUGAACACCGAAUCCCUGUACUUCUCUUGUGCCUUUGCAGUGCUUUUUUUUUUUUUUUUUAAAGCAGUACUGUCAGAUACCAGCAUAAAAGAAUUCGUUGAAGUUGCUCCUACAACAUAGCUUUGAGCGCCAGACAGCUAAUGC